AAUAUAUCAAUUUAUUUUCCUUUAAAAAAAAUAAUCUCUACAUUAUUAAGAACAACAGCAAUCUCAAACACAACAGAAGAAGGAGUUUCAGUGGUUUCUGAUUCUUCCUUGAGCUAACUUGACGUCUUUUAAUUUUCAUAAUGGAGGGGAGGAAGCUGAAUUUAUAUGCACCAUUACCAUCAAUAAGACGAAUCUCAAGUAAAAAAGAGCAUCCAAGUGAAUCAGAAAACAAGAAGACAUCCAUUACAAGACCAGAGCCUCAAUCAUUUCCUAGCAAAGAACAAGAAACACCUGUUUUUGUAUUACCAGACCAAAGCUUCGAUCAUCUCUCAGAACCAGCUUCAGUUCCUUUUGUUUGGGAACAGAUCCCUGGAAAACCAAAAGAUGACAUGGCUACAUUGAUUCAAGAAUCCGGUUUACUAGAAACCGAUGAUGAAGAAGAAGAAGAAGAAGAAGAUUUGGAUACGGUUUCAUCUAACAGAAGCUUCUCUGUUAACUGCAGCACAAGUGGAGUGAGCGACAUCGACAAAUCCGACGAUGCGUCGUCGUCUAGGGAAAGUCUUGAUCUAAUGAUGUCGAGAUUCUUACCAGCUGCUAAAGCAAUGGCUUUCACACAUCAGAAGCACCAAUCUCCUUCCUCUUCUUAUAACUCUUCAGAGCAGAAGCAAACCGUACAAAACAGAGAAGCUCUUGUAAUUCGCCAAAGACGUCAACUAAUAGCAGAACAUGAGCAUUUCGCUAUAGUUCAGAGUCUUUAUGAUGAUUUAAACAUCGAAGAUGAUGAUGAAAGUGACGAUGAAGACGAGGAUGAUCAUCGGAUCUACCCUGAAGUCACUAUCAAGAAAGCUUGUGGAUUCUUGCCAAGGCUUUGCGCUAGGAACUCAUUCAAGUUCUCAAACCCGGUUCCUCUAGAUUCAAGACUAAACCGGAGUUUGAAACAUUCUGGUGACCAAACCGGGACACCAAACUGGUCAACUAGGCGUCUUUCCGGUUUUAUAUCUCCGUACCGAACCUCUUGUUCGGAAACCGGUUUGCUUAAACAACCAGAGAGCUUCAAGAGGCUAAACAGAGGAAUAAGCAAGUCUCAAGAACUGUAUCAACCAAGAACAAGAAGAGAGGCUCUUCCUAACUACUCACACUCUGGAGAAGUCUCUAUGUUUAGAAACUCCAUCUCAACUCCUUCGAGGAUCCAACGGACGACAAUGCACGACUCUAGGUUCCUUGUGGAGGAAGUAAACAGAAGAAAGAGCAGCAGCAUCAACAGGUCAGGGAAUCUUUUGAAAGCUUCGCCGGAAUACACGGCGGCGAUCUCUCCGCCACCUUUACCUGAAACUCCAUCUCGGCCUUGGCUCCGAAAAACACUCCUCCCGCCGGUGAGCCCUAGACCUUACGUUUUAGGUCAAGUUGGUACCAAGAAAGUGGAUCAAGAAAUUCUUGAAUCUACAAAAUGGGAAACGAUCGUUAAAACAUCUUAUGUUCACAACGAUCACGUUCGUUAUUCUCAGGAGCUUGUUGUUCAUCCCUCUCGCCAGCAAAAUACAUAAACACAACAAAAAAUACUUAUUUUGUUUUACAUUACAGUUAAAUUAAUAAAUAGCUUUAGAAUUUGCCUCUUUUUUUCUUGUAGGCAACACGAAUUUACAUGAGAUUGUAUUUUGUGUGUGUCAGUGUGUGUUAAGAUUGUGGCCUUUGUUUUUCCGACCACAUGUUUUGUAAUCCAAGAGAAAAAUGUUAUUGAUGUUUGAUAAAACAUACAUAAUGUGGAUAACCGGUUAUGACUAAUCCGGUCAGGCUGGGACAUUUACACAACAUAACCAGGGCUGGUUCGUAGCAUCGAUCCAAGAAUUUGACCUUGGGUCUGAGUAUUUUGCCUCUACAAUGAAGAAAUGUUUAUAAAACAAGGUUUAUAUAAAUUGCUUUUGAAUAGUUAAAUU